UGGACGUUCACCAGAUAAGAGAUAAUAAAUUACACCGUUUUUUGAACGCGUCGAUAACUAUGAAGAAGACACUAAUAAUAAUAAUGGUUGUAGCCAUGGGCUGCAUACAUUUGUCAUCAGGAGCAACAAUUAUGAAAGGACGACAUAAGAGAAGUUGUGGUGGUGGUGGUGGCCGCGGUGGUUCUAGUGGCACUGUUGUUAUUGGCGGUGGCAGCGAUGGUGGUGGUUCUAGUGGUACUGUUGUUAUUGAUGGUGGCAGCGAUGGUGGUACCACUGCUCCAAUGACUUAUGUGCACAUUGGAUGUUUUGGAGACACGAGUGACAGAGCUAUUGAGACACUUGAAGGCACGGACUCUCGGUUGGAUGGUUCUUACACGGCCCGAGCGGAUGCAAUAAGAAAAUGUGCCCAGGUAGCAAGUGACCGUGGUUUUACUAUGUUUGCUGUGCAAAACGGUGGCUGGUGUGCAUCUAGUGCUACAGCGGCCUCUACGUUUUCCAAGUAUGGUAUGUCUGGAGCUUGCAAUUCCGAUGGCGAAGGUGGUCCUUGGGCAAACGAUGUGUAUAUACUAGAAGAAGACACAGGAUACGAACGAGUUGGCUGUUUUGGGGACACAAGUAACAGGGCCAUUCCAACACUGGAGGGUUCAGACGCUCGACUGGAUGGUAGCUACACAUCGCGAGUAGAUGCAAUAGAGAAAUGUGCCGAAGUAGCAAAAGAUCUUGGUUAUAAGAUGUUUGGGGUGCAAAACGGUGGUUGGUGUGCAUCUAGUGACACUGCGCAUACAACUUUUGAUAAAUACGGUUCGUCAAGUGCUUGUCUCAGUGAUGGAGAAGGUGGGCCAUGGGCAAACGAGGUUUAUGUACUACGCGAUAAAGAUACAUCGUAUCCUGUACCCGCUGAAUACGUACACGUUGGAUGUUAUAAAGACACGAGUGACCGAGCCAUUCCGACACUUGAAGGAACCGACGCCCGUCUUGAUGGAAAAUACCAAUCUCGUAAACACUCAAUAGAUAAAUGUGCCCAGGUAGCACGUGAUCGUGGUUUUAAGAUGUUUGCUGUGCAAAACGGAGGUUGGUGUGCAUCUGGCGGUAGUGCGUUGUACACGUUUGAUAAAUAUGGUGCAUCCACAGAUUGUGCUGCAGAUGGCGAGGGUGGACCAUGGGCGAACGAUGUAUAUAUACUGAAAGAUAAAGAAUAUGCUAGACUAGGUUGUUUUGGCGAUACAUCUGAUAGAGCCAUACCGACCCUUGAAAAUACUGAUAGCCGAUUGGAUGGUUCGUAUGGGUCACGCGCAAACUCUAUAGAUAAAUGUGCAGAGGUGUCUAGUGACAAUGGGUUUAAUAUAUUUGGCGUACAGAACGGUGGUUGGUGUGCAUCCAGUGCUACUGCACUCGCGACGUAUAACAAAUAUGGAACAUCUGACGCAUGUGGUGCUGAUGGGGAAGGUGGACCAUGGGCCAAUGAUGUCUACAUACAUAUUAGACGAGGAUAUUCCCAAGUCGGAUGUUUCAAAGACACGAGUACAAGAGCCAUAGCCACUCUCGAAGGCACAGAUGAUCGACUAGAUGGUUCAUACACCACUCGUACAAAUCCAUUACAGAAAUGUGCAGCAGUAGCCCGUGAACAAGGUUUUCAAAUGUUCGCUCUCCAGAACGGUGGUUGGUGUGCAGGAAGUAGUACUGCGACUUCUACUUUUGGUACAUAUGGGGAUUCUUUAGAUUGCAAAAGUGAUGGCGAAGGUGGACCUUGGGCAAAUGAGGUAUAUGUGUUCACCUAUAACAGUGAAUACUCUAGGAUUGGUUGUUUUGGCGACACAUCUGAUAGAGCUAUACCAACGCUGGAAGGAACUGAUGACCGUUUGGAUGGUUCCUACCAGAAUCGAGCAGAUGCUAUUGGAAAGUGUGCAGCGGUAUCUGGUGAUCAUGGUUAUUCGAUAUUUGGUGUGCAGAACGGCGGUUGGUGUGCAUCCGGUGCAUCUGCCGUAGAAACCUUCAGUAAAUAUGAUGUUUCAACAGCUUGCAAAACUGAUAGAGAAGGCGGUCCAUGGGCAAAUGAUGUCUUCAUUUUUACAAACACCCCAGGUUACGUACGAGUUGGCUGUUAUAAAGACACUAGUGACAGGGCUAUUGCCACACUUGAGGGCACAGACUCACGUUUAGAUGGGGCAUACACUGCCAGGACAAAUGCAAUACAAAAAUGUGCCGAUGUUGUGGUAGACCGAGGUUUUCAGAUGUUCGCUCUGCAAAAUGGGGGCUGGUGUGCAUCAAGUAGCGAUGCAGUUGAGACAUUUGGUAAAUAUGGCGCAUCCACAGCUUGUGCCGACGAUGGAGAAGGUGGACCAUGGGCAAACGAAGUUUAUAUAUACACAACCGACAAAGAAUACACUAGACUUGGUUGUUUCGGAGACACAUCUGAUAGAGCCAUACCAACCCUUGAAGGUACUGAUGACCGCCUUGAUGGUUCUUAUGGGUCACGCGCAUACCCCAUCGAAAAAUGUGCUCAAGCAGCUCGUGCUCGUGGUUUUAAGAUGUUUGGUGUGCAGAAUGGUGGUUGGUGUGCGUCUAGCGAGAAUGCAGAAGAGACGUAUACUAAAUAUGGAACAUCUACAGCCUGUAAAUCUGAUGGAGAAGGUGGACCAUGGGCAAAUGAUGUGUACAUUCUUCUUGACAACUAAUGUGCGUGGAUCGUACUACUUCGUUUUAUUCUGCUUUCAAUAUACAUUCUUAUUUGCCUUUGUGUCUUUCACUUUAACGCCAUGUAACGUAUGAUGGUAAUUCAUUCCAACCAUUUUUCUUAUAGAAACCGGUACCACGACACUUAUCAUACGUCCCAACAUCACUCUAUUGCCGAUCACAA